AUGCCUUCCACAAUCCCCUACGACCCCCAGCUAGUGCUGGCCAACAUUGUCAGCAGCAAGGCGCUCGACAUCGUCGAGCAAAUCUCGCAGCUCCAAGCCCCUGUCGAUGCCGACCAGGAAGACCUCAACGCGCUGCUGGCGUCGAGGCGCAGCCUCGACAUGACGCGGACCGAGCUGCAGAACCUGGGCAUCAACACGGACAAGCUCACCAUGUCACUAAACACGCUCAACGACAGCAUCGAGGCCUCGGCAGUCAAGUACGCCGAGGGCAAGAUGACGGCCGAGGCGCAGAUCCAGCCGCUGCGGGCCAAGAUCUCGGCGUUGCACUCACAGCAGGAGAGCCCCGUCGACUUCGUCAAGACGCAGAUCAAGACGAUGCCGCUGGCGGCCGACUCGGUCAACAUGGACGUGCAGUACUUCUCGCUCGACAGCAACAAGCAGGACGCCGCGACCUACGCGCGAAACAUCUCGGGGUACGUGUCGUCGUCGAUGAGCUGGAUGGGCUACGACGUCAGCAACCAGAUGAGCGCCGCCGCCGCCGCCCAGGUGGCCGACCAGACGUCCAAGCACAGCCUCCAGGGCACGCUCGUCAUGUCCGUGUCGUGCACGCACAAGAACGCCUCCAUCCUGGCCCCCUUCGUGCUCAACGUCGACAAGGCCAUCAAGGUGUGGAACCACCUGUUCCCCGACGACAAGAUCGUGCCCACCAGCACCAAGGACAUGCUGGCCAUCGCCGGGCAGGACGACCCCGACGCAGGGCCCGGCGGCGGGCCGGCCAAGAAGUUCAGCAUCAUCUCGGGCAUGACCUUCGGGUCGAGCUUCGUCGGCAUGGUGCACAUCCUCAACACGAGCUCCACGGCCGUGAGCGAGAACAUGACGAGCGUGGUCACGUCGCUGCAGUCCCAGAUGGACGCCGGCGCGUGGUUCGCUAAGGCGUCGGGCGGCUUCGGCGUCACCACGUCCAUCGCCAACGACGUCAAGAACCUGCUCAGCUCGCAGAACAUCAACGCCCACGUCACCAUGCUCUGCAUGGGCGUCAUCCCGUCCAUCGUGGCCAACGAGGUCAAGCUGGGCGUCGACAAGUUCGCCGUCUUCGACCCCAAGGCUAGCAUGGACGCGCUGGCGACCCUGCAGAACGCCACCGUGUCGGACCAGGACACGGUCAAGAACUCGGCCGACGCGGCGCGCACGGGCGGCCAGAUGGUGUCGCUCAAGGCCGGCGAGGUCAAGGCGGCUCUGUCGGCCCUGGCCGAGAUUGAUGACGGCUCCAACAAGAUCAUCGACAUCAACUCCAUGAUGACGGCCCUCGAGGACUACCUCAAGAAGGCCGCUGACGGCUCUUCGGGCGUCCCCAUCAACUACUACCUCAAGGACAUCACCAAGGGCAUGCUCGCCGAGAUGUGGGUCGCAAAGUACUACCCCGGCAAGUACAUGGCCAUCAGCUACGACGACUCGGCGCCCGCGCCCGGUCCUGCGCCCGCGCCCCAGCAGCCCUAG